AUAAAAGAAAGAGAGAUAGAGAAGAGUCCGUAGUCGAAGCCCUAAGUUCUAACUGUGUGUAAGGUGCAUCUCUUUUUCUCCAUUGCCGAACUCCGAUUCUCAUUCUCAAUCUCCGCCAUUUCUGUUGCUUUCUUCUCCGUCAACUACAGAAGGAAAAAUGGCUAUGAGCCAAAUUAGAUUGGUUAGAAGAAGCCUUCUGAAUACCAAAGAAGAUCUGAUAAAAUUGACAAAUGUUCGAACAUUUGCUGCUGGGGGCAAAAAGAAGGGUUCUAAAGGAGGGGGUGCGGCUACUGAUGCUCCUAAAGCAUCAAUUCUAAGUAAAGAGGUCAAAUCUACCACUGUAGUUGGUGCCAAUAUUCUUAAGGAAGGUGCAGAUCCAAAAGUCAUGGCAGAUUCGGAGUACCCUGAUUGGCUGUGGCGUUUGAUCGAUAAGCGUCCAGCUCUUAGUGAAUUACGAAGGAAGGAUGCCAAAACGCUUCCCUAUGAGGAUCUCAAGCGCUUUGUUAAGUUGGAUACUCGAGCAAGGAUUAAGGAAAACAACUCUAGUAAGGCGAAGAAUUGAUGUAAGAAUCUAACCCAAGCUUUGUUGUUAUUGUUUCUUUUAUUAGUUUUUUGCAGCUCUUUCUUCCAUAAAAAUCGUAUGAUUAAGGCUAAAUUACAAGUUUAGUCUCUUGACUUUCGUGGUUGUUUCAAUUAGAUCUCUGAGCUUUUAUAAGUAUUUGAAUCUUGACA